UAAAUAUUCUAUUCUGGAUAGUUCGACUUUCAUCAGCAAAACAAAACAAAACAACCAAAGCUUUAAUUAUCUCCUCUCAUAGUUUGAUCUUUAAUUACAUUCUACAAAAUUUGAAAAAGUUUAACAGAAAUGGGAAUCAAGAUUCAUGGAAGUCCUCUCUCCACCGCCACCCUCCGUGUCGUGGCGGCGGUUCAUGAGAAAGAGCUUGACUAUGAGUUUGUUACCGUCGACAUGAAAACCGGUGCUCAUAAGCAAGAGCCUUUCAUCUCUCUUAAUCCAUUUGGUCAAGUUCCAGCUCUAGAGGAUGGAGAUGUCAAGUUAUUUGAGUCAAGGGCUAUUACAAAAUACAUAGCAUACAACUAUGAUACCCAAGGAACUCCUCUUGUAUACAAAGAAGGAAAGGAAAUGGCAGACUUGGCCGUUUGGAUGGAAGUCGAGGCUCACCAAUUCGAUUCAGUAGCCAGUAAACUCGCUUGGGAGCUUGUCUACAAGGGUAUGUUCGGUAUGCAAACCGACAACGCUGUAGUUGAAGAGAACGAGGCUAAGUUAGUUAAGAUCCUUGAUGUUUAUGAGACUCGUUUGUCAAAGUCCAAGUAUUUGGCUGGUGAUUCCUUCACUUUGGCUGAUCUUCAUCACUUGCCAACCCUGCAUUACGUGUUGAGCACAAAAGAGAAGAAGUUAUUCGACGAACGUCCCCAUGUGAGUGCUUGGUGCACGGAUAUCUUGGCUAGGCCAUCUUGGGAGAAGUCCUUGGCUUUGCAGAAACAAGCUUAAGGUUACAUUACCGUGGUUUAGUUCCCGGCUGUGUUGCUGUGUGAUGUACCCAAUCUUGUUUAUUACUUUCUAUGUGGAUGUGUUUGUUAGUUGUGUACUUAUAUUUCGAAUAAAUAAAAUCACCAGUCCUUUUUAAGUUAAGAAA